CACGUUCAUUAUAGUGAACAUAUCAGCUUUAUAUUGUUGUAUACAGAUUAGCGAUACUAAAGAAAACGGCUUGUUAGCCUUAGCCGGAACAUGGUGUGGCAGUUCACCGUCCUCGCUGCUGAUGGGAAAUGUUUUGUCGUCAGUUAAUGCUACCGUAAAGUAAUUUAUUGUUCCCUUUAUUGGCAAAUCGUGUAUCUGUUACAUUAUUAAAUCGCCGUUGACUUAACUCUGAGGUUUAAACUAUUUACGAGAUGCUUUCUGUCACUGUGCUCGCAGGAGUACAAAAUGGGCUAAACUUUGAGAUGUGACCUGACGUUAACGUUGUGGACUGGUAUCAUUGCCGCUCGGCCCAGUGCUAGCUGUAGAGCUACAGUUCCGGUUUUGAUCAUUCCGUCAUUACUGAGAGCUAGGCACGAGUCAGACCCAGCCACGUAUUUUUAGUAACACUUGCAGCCUGUGUAGAUGCCCCAUGCAGCGGUGUUUGUGCAUGUGAAGAAAUUCCGACUGCAUGUUGGCUCUUAUUGUAGUCUUAACUUUAGUGAUGUUGACUUCACCGAUAGCGUGUCUCACACUACAUGUCUCCACGUCAGCGUCUGUAAAUGACCUUUGAACCUUUGACAGUGUAUGCUGUUUACAAUCGGGCUACUCGUUGUGUAAAGCUGCCAUAUACAGAGAGUCCCUUUUAAACAGGCAACUCCUAUUAAGCACCUUUUCAGGCAUGCAACAUUGCUCUCUUCAUCAGUCCCUGAUAGUGACGGCACUGUAGUCAGUUAGACUAAGGUCACAUUUCCGAUAAUGUUUCUGACUCCUGCAUUCAGAUAAACCCGCCAGAGAGCGCUGUGGUACUUAUGGGAUAUUUGUUAGUCACGCGAGACUAGAAAAUGCGAAAUAUUGCAAUAACAGACUAAAACUAAACUGAUAGCAGCUGAUCAAAGUGCCCACUUUACUAACAGCUCUGGAUUUUUAGGAAGUGAACCUGAUAGCUCAGGGCUCAUUCUGAGGUUGUCCACGAUGUGACAAAUAUUAAACUGCAGCUGAUAAACUGUAGCCUAGCCGCGCUAGGCAACGAAUUUAAUUCUCUGCCAGGGUGGGUCUAGUUACCCUCGGUACACCUCGAGGUUGGAUGUUCCUAAAACUGGCUGACGAAUCACCAUGAAGUGUAGAGUCAGAAGGCGGGCGUAAUUAAGUGACGACAGAGGCGCGACGAUUCUGACAGAAACAACGAGCCUAGCUGCGCUAGACAACCCACGGCAACGAAUUUAAUUCUCUGCCAGGGUCGACAACAAAAAUGACAACAGUCGUUGAGCUCCAUUAGCACAGACUCUGAAUAAUCUUUCUGUUAACAUGUCUGUAAUAUACUUGAGCUUCAGCCAUUGACUGUAUAAAUAAGGCUUCACCGAACUACCGUAUCCUCUGAUUUCCAGCACUCAAGGAACUACUUCAGCCUAUUGGUUGUAUACCUACCUACCUACCUACCCAAUUGCCGCAGAGUGAUUUGAAAGACAACCUUUUAGCCCGCCUCCCUCCCUGUCGAGAGUUCCUAGACCCUUGUGUCUUCAGAGCUGGGUCUAGCGCGGCUAGGCUAGAUAAACUGUGCUUCAGUGUGACAACUCACCUGUUUGAGGUGAGCACAAUUAGAAUAGUGGUGUGCGAUACUGCAGGAUUUGGUAUCGAUCCGAUACAAAGUAAAUACGGGGCCAGUAUCACUGAUGCCGAUACUCCAGACUAACUUUUUCAGUAGUUGGUAGGUGUAGAACAAAGGUUAGGUGCUGUAUACGGUCCAGAUCUGGAAUGAAGAUGGGGCUGUAAAUGCUCACAGGGUCUAAGAAUCAGACUAAUUCCUGGGUAGGGUUUCUGUGGGUCAGAUGAGGAAGAAUCUGGGUUGCUGAUAAAAUCACAGUGUGAGGGAUACCCUCCUUAAACAGUAUUCAUUUUUGACAGUUUAGUCAAUAUUUGUGCAAUACUUGUCACUGAAAUAGGAAAUGCUGUUUUAAGACGUACUUUUGCAUUGGAUUUUUUGCACAGAGUUACUUUUGUAAUGUUGAAUAUGAUCUUUAAAAGAAAAAAAUCCCCCAUGGUUAUCAUCUUUGAUAAUUUAGUAUGCCAGACAUUGUCAGUCUGUCGGUCCCACCUGGUUACAGGUGAAACACCUCACUAGCUGAACAUUUACUUCUUAACAGACUGUACAUUUACCGGUGUUCCCUAAACGCCUCACAGUGCAGACUGCAGUACUUGCUGCUCAGUGGCUGUGGUGCUCAGACAGAUGUGUGAAAGCAAAAAUUACUUUGAAAACACUGAGAUAAAAUGUUCUUAUUUCAGGUUAGUUCAAGAUGAAAGUGACUGAUUUUUAUCGACGUGUUGUUUUCUAUAAAUGGAGAAAACAGUGCAUGUUCUGUGCUACGUCUUUUAAGAGCAUAGCCCAUUUUUAAAUUUUAAAGACUGCAGUCAAUUGUUUUUGUAUAGUUAGAAGCUAAAAAUCCUGGUUGGGGUUAAUGAUUAUUUAAUUGUUAGCCGUGCUACAGCUCUAGUACUUGUAAUUGACUCACUGAUUCAGUAUCUUCCUGCCUGCAGUCUGAUCAUCAGGUCUGUCUGACUCAGACUUCUCCUUCUCUGCCUGCUAUUUCCUCAGUUUUGGUUGAGAACGCACAGCAGCAAAACGUCUCAUUUUACGCAUCAGGCAGGAACAGGCUGAGAGAGCAAAGAAGAAAUUGAAGUUUUACCUUCCAUCACUACGAUGUUGUAUGAUGCAGCUGCUGAGCCUGCUUGCUUGUUUGUCUGGUGCCACUGAGUCACAUGAAGGUUGAACGUCCAAACACAAGAGGAGCAACAUGCUGCUGCUCGGUGACAGGAGGAGCUCUGACAGACAGCCAGGUCACUUGUUUGAUGAAGCCACUUCAGUUCAGGCAUACAGGAGAGAAACUGAAUCAAAAGUAUGAAUCUGAUUACACUGGUAUUGUUCAAUAUCAGUACCAACAAUGGUAUCAAUAUUAUCGACAUUGGAUCGAUCUGGCCACCUCUAAAAUACAGAGUAUGACGUGCUGUUAGAUUCUGAUCAGCCCUUUCUCCAUGUCAGAUAAUCUGUUGUCAGACCUAAUUAAUGCAGUUACUAUCUCAUUGGAGACACUCAUGGAUCCUGCUGCUGUCUGAAAUAGUCUUAAACAGCUAAAAACUGAACUGUCAUUCUGUGUGUGAUAUCUCACCUGUCUGAUGUAAUGCCAAGUAUACCUACAUAGUGUAAUUUGCUGUCAGAUCCUGGUCCAAUGUGAGCUGCUGUCCAUGCUCUCUUGGCCACAAUCUGUAAUUAUAGAAAUGUAGUUAGUCACCGGCACUAUUAUUCUAUGUGCAAAUGUGAGUACCUCUGUCUCUUUGGAGAUGCACAAAUGGAUCCUGCUGCUGUCUGAUGCUGCAGGUAUUUAUCAAACUUAGAGGUAAUGGUUCUAGACAGCUGGAAGAGACACAUUUCAGCUCCUCGUAACAUCUUGUGGCGAAAAACACUGGAAUUGCAUUCAUUAUUGGUCCAGGAAGCGGAUGCUGACUGAAGUCCUCCUCGGUUCCAUCCUCCAGUUCAGCUGAGCAUCAACUCCUUGUGUGUGCAAGCUGAUAGUGUGUGAACCUGAAUGUACUUGUUGAAUGUGUGUGAAAUUUCAUUCUAGUCCUAUGUGAGUCUGUAAGGUAGUGUAUGUCAGCGUGUAUGUCUGUCUCAUUCCCUCCCAGCCCAUCAUGUCCCUGUAUACCUCUGUGCUCCAGCUGAGUCCAUCAGUGUGUCUUCACCUUCUCUACCUGCUGGUGCUCCUCACUCAGUCCUGCUCCACAGCAUCUAGAAAGGAAAGAACUCCUCUGGACAGUCCCCUAAACCAACUCAACACAACACAAUCCGACUGCGUCACUGGAUGUGCUAAUGAUUCUGUCAGUAAAAAUGCAACAGCUGAUGAUUUCUCCAACACCCAAAACCCACCAGAGAAGAAUUUGUCCUCUGUCUCAGACCUUAAUAACACUAGUCCAGUAUUCAACCAAUCUUCAGUUCCGGUCAUGAUGACCAACUCCACCGUUGUGGACAACGAUAAUCAAAAUUCUGUUUUGAAAGGGAACACAGAAAGCACCCAGGAGAUUCAGCCCUCCCCCAGCUCACCUUUAUCCAUCAACGCCACCACUGUAAGCUCCAAAUCGAUUCACCCUGUUACGUCCGUUAUCCCACCCAAACAACCAGCAGGAGAGCUCCAUUCGUCCACUACCUCACCAUCCAAUCAGCAGCCAGCAUUACCCAACCAUCAGCCUCCAUCACCAGAGACGACCACUUCACCUGAAUCUGCUCUGCUUUUUACCACCAUAGGCUCACCCACUCAGUCAGCAAGUUCUGACUCCAUUACCAGCACUGGUAGAGCUACAGCUACUGCUGCAGAGACUGUUGGGAAAACAAACACUGUAGCAGGUACUUCAACACCACCACAGUCUACAACAACAACAACACCACAGUCUACAACUACAACAACACAGUCUACAACAACAACAAUCAACACCACACCAACAGAUCAACCAACAACAGAAGCCUCACACCUUCCAACAACGCUGAAAACAACGGUUCACACAACCAUUAUCACAACCACAUCUACAAAAGUGUCGCCAUCGUCAUUAGCUCCCACGCCAAAGCUAAGUACUGCAAUGCCAUCAAUUCAAAAGACUUCUUUAACCACUGGGACUGCUACCGUAACUGCUACCAGUGCCAUUACUUCUACCAGUCACAACAAGACUUUUGCCUCCUCAACAAAGGUUGCUGUGGUAGAGGUUGCAGGGGCUGCUCUGACCAGGAAGUUGGUGGAUACCGCAUCUUUAUUGGCUGUCCUGCUUUUUGGCUUGCUCUUCUUCUUGGUCUCGGUAGCAGUGUUUGCCACACAGGCCUACGAGAGCUACAGGAGGAAGGACUACACACAGGUCGACUAUCUGAUCAAUGGCAUGUACACAGACUCAGGGGUGUGAGAGGAAGAGGCUAAGCACAACUCACGGAGCUCGCUUUUGCACUUGGAAUCAGAGACUCUAGAAUGGAAGAUAAACCGAAAGGUAAGACUGACCAGUGGCCCACCAAACUGAAUCCAAAACAGGCUGAUUUGUUUCUGUUAUAACAGUUCCACUUGAUGCUUAGUUCUUUCCUGCUUCAUUCGUUGAAGAUUUGAAUGUAAAGAGUUCAGUCUCUCUCAUUUUUGCCAAACAGUACGCAAACUGAUGAGUAAGUGAGCACAUAUGGAGUCUGGUUUUCGCUGUUCACCCAUGACAUAAGCUUCUUCACAUUGUUAGUUGGUUCCAGUGUAGCAGGACCAAUCAGGAUGCUUCCACAAAUCGGCAGAUGUUCUAUUCAGCAAACCUUUCUUAGUUUGUUGUCGUACUAAAAACGUUAUUAAACAGCAGUUUUUUUUUCCUCUUAAAGAUGAAUGUCACGACUGUCACUUUUUCAAAAAAGUUGAAUUUGAACACACUGAGACGUAAUUCAUUUCAGUUCAUUUGAAUGCCAUCCCAUACAACGUAGUGCAAUUUUUCCCCACAUUCAAACGUGUUUGAAUUUUAAAUUAGUGACAGCCCACAUGCGGACCAAAGUUUAUUUGUGAGUAUUAUGUACAAGAUUCAGAUUUUGUGGUGAUCACCUCGUUACUUAUUUUUUUCUCCAUAGAAAGACAUUAACAUAAACCUAAUGGCCUACACUUGUAGCUUUACACUUGUGACCAUUUCUACAUGGGAAAUGAAAUCUUGCUAAGUUACUUGAAAUUUGGUUUUGCACAUUUUGAUAAUUUUGUUAAAUGUAGUGAAAAACAGUAGAACAGUUAAUUGCAGUGAACAUCAGUUUGAUCAGUUUAGCCAUUCUAUAUAUCAUUUUGUAAGCAUUGCCCAGCCUUUCGCAUGCGUUUCCAUUUCCUCCUCUGUCAAAUAUUUCACUAUUACUGCAUUGUCAGUCGUUCUGAUGAUGCAAAAUUUGUCAUUUUGUCUUAAUGUCCAACCACAAACCCAGACUCACUGUUGUCUGUGAAAGUGAUCAUAGCUCAGUCAGUUCCUCUGAAAUUUAACAAAGUUAGCACUAAGCUUUGGUGAAUUCUGUGAUGUUUUGUUGUGAAACCAGCUGAUUUUGGCUCAGUGCAUUCAUUAUGGUCAAAUGAGAAACCUGAGGAGUCUGCUCACUUUUAGUUUGGCCUCAGAUGCUGGUUUGCUUCAGUCUGAGGAUGUACUUUGGUGGAUAAAACAAAUUUAUAACUUAAUAUAACUGUGAAAUGUCAGUCUAGUCAGUCGCAGUCGGGUGUUGUGUUAAAUAUCUGACCAGAGUGGACGGCUAAACCAGAACCAGCCCGUUUUGUACUUUAUUCAAACUGAAACUUCAGUCGUCCAUAGAUGUGUUGGAGCUUUCUCAGAAAGACAUUUGAAUGUUUAACAUAGGUACUCCUGCCAGCUAGAUACAGUGAGAAGUUUACCCUGUGGCCUUGUGUGUUGAAGCAUCAGGGCCAAAGUUCUUUCAGUGCCGUGUCCAUUUCAUGUCAGGCAAGUUCAUACCCACAUGAACUGACUAAAAAUGACGUGGGGUCAACAUUUCUUUUGAUGCUUUUACCACAUUUAUUUUUCAGUGCUGUAAAAGGCAAAUUCUGAAAUUUUUGGAAUUAGAUUUGUUGUAAAACCCAUAAUUAGACUGCACUAGAAAAGACUAGUUCAAGUUCAUGAUUCAGGAUGUUUUUGGUUUAGCGAGUAUCAGACUAACUUAGCUGUGGUUUAGAAUGAGUUGGGCUAAACCUGGUUUGCAGAUUUAAGGUAAACCUUGAAUACAGUGAUGUCUAGUGGCUUUUAGGUGUUCUCCACAGGUCACAGGAACUAGCUAGGGCUACUAAAAAGUGAAGAAUUGUCUCAUAUUGGGAUCUCCUAGUGGUUUAGAGGUUCGAAUCAUUUCAAUGAACACAAUGCCUGCUGGAGUAUUUGUUCACAUUUACUGUAGCUCGGCUACCACUUUCCCCUGCUCCCAGUCUUUGCACUAAGUUAGUCUAUACGCAUCCUGGGCUCUUAUUAGAAAUCUCUUUACAAUUUCAAAUGAAAAAAUAAGCACAUCUUUGCAUUUCACUGUGGUUUAAAGCAAAUAAGAUUUAGAAAAAGAUGGAUGCAUUUUUCUUAAUCGUAACAUUUCACUUUAAUACUUAAAUGACAUUCCAUUAGCCUUCUUUAAUGCUGAUGAUUUUUUGCGUUUAUUUACACUUUUCAGUGUCUUCCAGUGAGUUAUGGGAACAAGGCCAUGCCAGAUUGUUUAUUUCAUUGCGUUUUAUAUUUUGGCUUAUGGUGAAUGUAUGUUUUUCAACGUUAGCUAGUUUGAAUAUAUUAAGCGGUAUGUCCUUCUGUAAUGAUCCUCUGUCUGUACCUGUUAAUGACCAACGUCUAUGUGAUAUACAUUUCACACAUUCUUUAUUUACCUUCAUGUGUGCAUCACUGUAUAAGUUACCAUGUUAAGAUGAUUGUGAAUUUUAAGCCAUUCAUUAACUUACUUGCAGUGCAUUUUUGAAACACACACUUUGCAUUCAACAAGGAAAAAUCUUACCCAAGUUCCAGUGCAAAAUUGUUCUGUUUAUCCCAUAAGGAACAAAAACAUGAGACAAAUCCUAGAAGUCAGUAUCCAUGAGGGAGACUUUUGGGCAGAUUGUACUUUUCCUUUUCUUCUAAGGUUUUUGCAUUUCAUGGAAGUUUUCUAAAUGUUCACUGUUGCACAUUAUUGUUUGACAAGGAAAACAUCAAGCCAUUAUCAUUUGUGGCCUCUGGAAAGGUCAACAUGAACUGUACUCCACAGCAGGAAAAGAGCAUUGAAUCUGAAAAGGCAAAAAGAAGAUACUUUCAAAUUGAAAAAUGUUUCUAACCCACUGUGUAUUCCUGCAGGAUGUAAAAUACAUUGAACUUGCCAGUUGUCUGUAAAAUGUUCAUGUGUUAAAGGUUGAUGUCAUGCCGAACUGAUUUGCCAUUUCCUUCAGUAUUUUUGAAGGAGAAGAUCCUCUAAAAGAGUACUUGAAAAAUAUCUGGUUUUACAAAUGUGCUAAAAGUUCAGAUUGUUUACAGAGAACACAAGAGAUUGGAACGGUGACUUAAUUUUUUAUAGUUUUUGAGAAUUUUUGUUUUCUCAAGAAAACAACCUUGUCAAUGAAAAGCAGGCCUUUAUCCCAUUACCUUGAUAAAAUGAGAUCCUUGUCUUGUUGAGGUUAGAAAACUAGAUCACCGAUGAUUGGAAAACAAGACUAAAACAAGGCCUUAUUUCUGUGACUUAAAAAAAAUAUCUCAUUCCAUUUAUCUUGAACAAAUAGUGUUUGGUUUGGUUGUCUUUUGUGUCACUUAUACAGCAGAGUAAGGUAUUGGUCCCAUUAUUCUCAACAAAAUGUUAAUCUGUUUGGUUGUUUAUAUUUAAAUAACAAAAUAGCUCCUUAAAUGUAACCAUGGCCGCUCUCAGCUUCCUUACAGAAGUGGAAUAUUUCUGUUUAUUUACUUGUUUUCUCACCAUCACAAACUGUUUCCAAAUUGAUGUAUGUUAGCAUCAACAUUAAGAUAUUGGGUAAGCAUAUGAUGUCUCAUGGUGUCUGUUCACUAAUGAUCACUAGAAAGGUUAUAUUGAGGUUGCAACAACUAUUCAUUGGCCAUUAGAAACAAAACUUUCCUGAGCUUUGUGUUAUUGAUGUGAUGUCUUCAGGGAUGACACAAAUUGCUCUUGUGGCAGGCAAAAUGUAGUAUAUGAUGUAUUAAAAUGUCUUGGAUGAUGUCAUGUCACUGUGUCCAGUAAGUCAGCAAGGCAUUUUCAAAUGAUGUUGGGUUUUGGGUGUCAAUAAUACCAGUUUUCAGAAUCCUGGUGGACUGUGUUAAGGAUGGAUUUGUGUUUUCAAUGAGUGAUGUGCAGGAGAUGACACCUGCCAUGUGCCAAAUGAAUAUUGUACUAAUGCACUUUGAACAGAUAUUUUUACUUUGCAGAAAAUAAAAAAACAAUACCCAA